GCUAGUGUUUUUUUACAGCUUCUACAGAGGAUUUAGAAAGCCUAUGAAAAAUCUUUAACGAGAUUAUAUUUUAUGGAGCUGGUGAAAGAUUAAAAACAUUUAAGUGGAAAAUGUUUAAAUUUGGAUUUUCCGGCGAGGAUUCGCCCAAUGAUGAGAAAAAUUCGGACGCGGAGAUCCAUUGGUUUCCCGCCAGGGAAAUUCAAAUUUCCGAUGAGCAAUUGUCAAGAGAGUAUGACACAACGAGUGCUGGUUUUAGUGGUAUUAAUUUAAAACUUGUACGUUCGGAUAAUGUGGCCUUGAAUGUGAGAAAUGAAGAGCAUGAGAAUAUUAUCAGAGCCGAAUCCCAGCACUCGGAUCUCAUCCCUGCGAUCUAUGAAGGUGGUUUAAAGAUCUGGGAAUGCACUCACGACUUGAGCGAAUAUUUAAUCGGCCAGGAGAUUAAUUUGAGAGACAAGAGAGUUCUUGAUUUGGGCUGUGGUGCAGGCAUUCUCGGGAUUAUCUCACUAUUGAAAGGAGCUACCGUUCAUUUUCAAGAUUACAAUUCCGAAGUCAUUCAGUUGCUGACAAUACCAAAUGUUACUUUAAACUCAACAGACGAUAAUGCAGUCAAAGAAAAUUGUAGAUUUUAUUCUGGGGAUUGGGCUGCUUUCUCUGAACUAUUUUCAAAUAAAUAUUUACUCGAAGAACAGAAAUACGAUUUCAUCCUCAGCAGUGAGACUAUUUACAAUGCGGAGAACCACGAGAAAUUGUAUCAGGUGUUCAAAAAGUGUUUGAAGAAAGAUGGGAUUGGGUACAUCGCUGGGAAAACUUAUUACUUCGGAGUUGGUGGAGGGAUGCGACAGUUCGAAAAUCUAGUCCUGAAAGACAAAGCAUUAUCUGUUGAGAAAGUCUGGAAGAGUGAAGAAGGCUUACAACGCGAGGUACUGAAGUUAACGAAGCUGUUGUAGUCCUCCUAUAAAUUAAUAAAUUCCUCUAAAGACAAUCUCAAUUAUCUGAGG